UGACCUAUAGUGUUGUGCAUUUUGCUCAUUGCAGGUAAGUCUACGAAGGAAAGAACCACCGUCGCAUAGCUUGCUUGUACCUUCGUACAGUUUAGAGGAACAUUUCUCGUAACACCAACUCGAAGAUCUCACUAUGACGUCGUUCAUGAAGCAACGCUUCAAGUGGUACGGGCGUUUUUGCAUGGUUUCAGGUCUUCCAUUCCUUCAGCUUCAUGGAAUUAUCAAAGGAAAGAACAACCGGUUACCAUGGAAACAACUGUACCUAAUCUACUCACUCAUCUGCUUUGCGCAGUUCGUUGUCAUCCAAGUGCUCUAUUUUUGUCAAAUAUUAGAGGCAGUUUUGGAUGACGUCCAGCUUUUCACGAAAUCUCUCUACAUUCUUUUGUUUGCCAUCCUUACCUUUAAGGUGGUCUUGAACUAUUGCUGCGCUAUCGUGAAAUCGCGCAGUCUUCUUGCCUUCUUCAAGUCGUCGACGAAGUAUGAAGUCACUGCAGGAUUUGUCGCACCUAAGUGCUGCGGGCAGGCCACAACGUGUCUUGUAGCACGACUUUUGCUGUGUCUAGCAUUCAUGGCUAACGUGGCAGGCAGCACUUAUCUGUCUUUCGAGUACCUGGACUACCUAGGCUACACUGGAAUGCUAGACGUAAUCUUGAGGGCAAUAUGCGUGGGAGGUAAUUUCCUCUUUUACGUUUUCGAAAUGGUACACUUCAUCGUCAUCAGACCGUGCGCUGAAGUGAUCCGUCUUUACAUUCGGCAUCAGCAUGAGCUUCUUCACACAGUGCUGGAUGCUCGCUGUAACGUUCCCAUCGCGAAGCGGUCGAAAGAGCUUGAAGCGAUCAGGAUCAACCUGUGUGCAAUCGCAGCGCUCAAGCAACAGCUGAACGCGACUUGGCGUUGGUCCAUCAUGGCAUCAGGCGUGAUCGUACUCACAGCCUCCUGCAUAUGUAUAUAUUCUGCUUUUACCGAGGAAUAUUCCGCAGUUCAGCACCUUCUCACGAUCUUGUACAGCAUUUCAUCGGCCCUAGACUUCGUCGACAUUGCGAACGUAAGCCAGCAACUCGUGAACGAGAUGCGCAAAAUACGACACACACUUCAGAAAGCUCCAACAUAUUUCGAAAACGAAGUCUAUUAUAAUCAACUGAGCCACCUGAGGGCCUCUAUAAAGCCUAAGGAGAUGGCUCUGUCCGGGGCUGGAUUUUUCACUUUUAACCUGCCACUGGUGGUUUCGCUUGCAGGUGCCGUCAUCACUUAUACAGUCAUUCUUGUGCAAACCAGUGAAAGCGUUAAGACCUGAGCACAAAAUGGAGAGCGUUGAAAUUUGCGGAAUUCCGACCUGAAAGAAGCUUCCGAAUCUUCGAGAUAUCUUUGAAUGCAACGAACGGAAGUGCAGGCUAUUGCUGUCCACGCUGUCAUGAAGGCUCAGGGGCAUGCCUUAAUUACUGCAAUCUUUCUGGGGAUAACUACUGUACUAAACUGAAUUAAAACUCAUGUC